CGCGUGGUACAACCAUUGCUGUGGAAUAAAUAUGUCGUGCUUUUCCUGUAUUUUAUAUCAAGAUAUUUUAAGGUUAUUCACAGUACCAAAUGCAGUAAAAACCCGUACAUAUGGCCAAUGCAAGCAUUGCAUACAUUUUCCGGAUGUUAAAAGUUACAAAUAUGGCGACUUGUCUGCCAAACAUGCUUAGACGGCAUGUCCUAAGACGUUAUCCAAUGUCAUUAGGCAUUGAAUGGCCAUGCAUCUGUUCUCACAGACCCAGUACACGAAACUACGGAUCAAGACCAGGGGGCUCAAACAGAACAGAUGAGAGCGUGGGAAGAUAUCAUGAAGGGAGGAACUCUAUGAGUACAUAUGAGAGUGUUGUGGAAGGAAUGAGGGAGGUGGCACAUCGCACUGUGGUGGUGCAGGGAGUGGACGAGGACCAGGUGGGUCGGCACCUGCAACAGUAUGGCAUGAUAGAGUCGGCCGUGCAGUUCCAUCGGGCACGAAAGUCUUUCUUCAUGGUGGAGUAUAAAGAGAGGACGUCAGUGGCCAACCUGAUGGUGGACACAGGCUUUUCAUUUGGGGAAUUCCCAGUCAAAUCUAGAGUGAUGUUCCUAAACCAACACAGUAUUAAAAAAAGACGAGCACCCAAAGAAGAUAUUACCUCCCAUGAACAUGUGCUUUCAAGUUUGAAGGAGUGCAAGUCAAUUUCUGAUCAAAUGGAUACCCUCCAUCGAUGCAAGCGUCUUACACAGCGAGAGAAACGCCUGCGGUUCUUCAUUGCAUCAGCCAUAGAAGAAGCCUUGUCAGGCAUACUUCCACACUGCCAAAUAAAGCCGUUUGGGUCAUGUGUUAACGGCUUUGGCUGGACAGACUGUGAUCUGGACUUCACUUGUGAUAUUUUCCCCCCAGAUACUCAACUGGGAAGAACAGACAUGAAGUUCAUCUCAACGAAGCAGCAGUACGCCAGGUUAUCAGAAGAUCAGAGAAACCGGAGACUGUUGGAAAACCUGAGCCAGACACUGAAGAGUUACGUGCCCUUGUGUUCGGACUUCCAGAACAUACUGAAGGCUCGGGUGCCAAUAGUCCGGUUCAGGCACGAACUUGCAGGUGUUAGAUGUGAUCUCAGCUACCAUGACAACAUCACACACAAGUUAUCGGAGCUGAUGUUUGUGUACGGAUGCUACAACCCCGAUGUGUACCCACUGAUGAGUGUUGUGAAGCAGUGGGCGCGGGACAAGCUGAUCACGCGGCCCAUGCCGGGUCGGUACGCCACCAACUUCAUCCUGCUGGCCAUGGUGGUGUACUACAUGCAGACGCAGGGACUGCUGCCGACUGUCGGCGCCAUGCAGACCAUGGCAGAUACCAGCAGUGAAUUUUUAAAUGGCAGAGAAAGUUUCUACUUUGUGCGAGAUCUGGACAGUCUUCCCAAAGCCACAAACACAAGAAGUCUGGAGGAAUUGCUUUAUGGUUUCUUCUCGUUUUACACUAAGUUCAACUUCCGACAUCGCAGAAUAUCUCUUAUAACGGGCACUGAUUUCGACAAGACAACUGACAGUGCCAUGCAGGUAGAGAACCCUCUAGACAUCACCCUCAACGUCAGUCGAAGCAUGGCACCAACAGAGGUCAUCAACCUACAGAGUGAAAUGCUCAAUGCAUUGAGAACAUUGGACACUCACAGAAAGGCUGACAGUUUAGAGGACUGGGGAAUUAUGUGUUUAUUUUCUAAAGAGGAUUCUACUCAGUCAACAACUGUACAUACAUCCUCUCUCUUAGACUCUUUACAGAAGCAGACGCAUGACUUUCCCAAAACUGACACAGACGUCUUCCUCAUUCCUCAGGUGACCACGAGGGGAGUGUGAAGUGUUCCGUCAGUCACACACUGCAUGUUGCUUUGUACUGUAUCCUGGGUUAACUGUAUAGAGUAUCAUGUAUGAGGUACUCUCGAAAUGCCUGUCCACACUCGUCGGUCAGUCUGUUGACUACCAUCUGUUUGGUUGUUGUAGUCUGAAAUGGACAUCUUUCUGUGAACUAUUUGUGUAUGAAAUCAUUAGUGAUCAUGGUAAAUUCUGAGUACUUAACAGUUGAAUAUGGAAAUUCUAUUUAUUCAGAUCUGAGCACAAACAUAAGUUAGGAGAAGACAUUGACUGGCUGUUGUUCAAACUGUUGUCAUUCAUCCAAGUUCGGUUGUGUGCAUGUUGAUGACUCUGAGCCAAGUCUUCAUGAUACAGGUGACAAUACUGUACAAAACUCUUCCAGAUGAUACAGCCUGGAUAAUUAUCACAUAAAGAGGAUUUGACAAUCUCUUCAUGCAUAGUGUGCAGUGGAAGUGACCGUGGAUGGCAUAGUGGGUAUCAUAGUCAGUGUGGAUAAUAUUACCAAAGCCUAUGGACGGUGGUUUAAUGCUUAUAUUGAACAGCAGGAUCAGUCAUUUCCAAGGACAACAGUACCUUGUUUUUUAUGUUGGACAAAACAACAUUUCAGUUAUGAUGACAUUGCAGAGAUGAAAUAAUCAUAGUAAGGCCAGACCAAUUUUUUUCUUGUUUUACUUUCCACUGGUCGUAUUUUUUCAAGAAUAAGAAAAAAUUAAAAAAUAAUUUUCUCUUCUCAAAAGAUAAAAUCCUGAUGUUUUAUUGGUCCAAAAUGUAAACUUAAAAGAAAAUAUUUUUAAGAUUGUUUUUUACCCCAUAUACACUUCAUUAAUUGCCUAAAGUAAAAUACUUUUAGUAUUUAGAAGGAAUAUUACUUAGACUGGUGAUUUUAUUAUUAUUUUCUUUCCCUUCUGCCUUUAGGUUUUCUGAAGACAAAUAUCUGUAAAACAAAAAUUAAAAUUGGUCUGGCCUAACCUACGGUAAGAAAAAUACACUUUGUUCCUGAUUCAAUCUCCUGUAAACAUUUCAUAUAUAUCCAUGAUAUUGACUGGUCUGUUUCUGGAGGUGGUAUUUGCUAACACUGUUUUGUCAAAAAGGCAUAUUUAGUGCUAUUUUAAUACUUUCUGGGGCAUUGCUGUGAAAGAUGUUCAUGUUUAAUACGAAUGUAACAGACAUUACAAUUUGAAAUAUA